ACCAGAUAUAUGUCUGCAAGAUUUGUGUCAGUAAGCCACGUUCAUACAACAGUCUAAAUAAUUGCAAGAGACACGUGCAGACAUUUCACUCAGGGUUCUUUUAUUAGUGUAUUGGAUGCGGGAAGGAAUAUACCAGAAAACCAAAAGCAAAACACAACUUUGCAAGUACAAGUAAAUUUGUCCUUGUUCACAAAGAGACUAGUCUAAUUGACACCACAGCCGUUCAGAAAAGAAAACUACUGGAUAUUGAAAUUAUACAUAAUAUUAAAGAAGAGUUGAAAUUCCCUACAAGUAAUCAUGAAAAGAACUUAUCAUCCUUAUAAAUUGAAGAAAAGAAUCAAUCCAAAAGAAAACCAAAAUCAUAUGGAAUCAGCUCAUGAUUCUGACUCAUACUCUGUUCCUCGUUCACCAGAAAUAAUUAGAGGCCGGCCACUUGCAUUAGACAAGAAUGUAGUUGAACCCGGGUCGUUUAGCGACUUUCUCACCUCGUCAUCCGAGCCGACCCACAAUGCUAUAACUGAAAUUUCUUCUCGACAAAAUGAAGAGCAAUUAGCAGAUACUGAUUCCGGUUCAAAACGAAAAGAUGUUUUUGAGAAAGUGGUCAAAGAGGCAAGAGAAAUUAUUCACCAUAAGAUGUUACAAAUCCAGCAUUGGCGGGGCGAUGAAAUUACUCUAUGGGUAGGAGGAAAGAGCUUUGUCACAACGAAAUCAACAUUGAUGAAAGAACCAAGUUUUCUUUACAAACUGAAUGUAACCGCUGAUUCAGUGAUAACGAUAGACAGAGACCCGUCCCACUUCAAAUUUAUUCUGAAUUAUUUAAGGUAUGAUUGCACAAUGCCGAUAGGUUGUCUUCCGAAUGAUCUACAGGUUAUGAAUGAAUUGAAACAAGAGGCUUCUUAUUUUUGUCUACCAAAACUAGAAUUUAUCAUUCAAAAAAAGAUCGUUAUUUUGCAAGAACUCUUGGGAUUGUUAUAAUUUCAAAUCGAUAAUGAUAUCAAUCGGAUUAAAUCAGACUAAGAAUUUAAUUAAACACAUCAAGGACUUUUAUAUUAUCAAAUAAUAGGUAUAUUCACGGGGUUAUAAGUGUUCCACUCAUGACAAUGUAUUUUAAAAAACAGAGUUAUUCUGACAUGUCAUGUAUUCUUGUGACGACGGUUACAGCUGGAAACGUCAUGGACUUUGUCGUCUGGCUAGUAAAAACAUGAAGAAAUAAAUAGUUGACAAAAUGGCAAUAAUCUGUCUUUGAUAUAAAUGAACAUCGAAGUACAAUAACAAAGAUAUAACAUAAUGAUUGCCACUAACUUUGAUCUAUUCGUGGAAAACAAAUCUGCUAAAGUAACUACAGCCAAAAUGUUUGGAGUAAUAAAUAGCUAAGGAGGAUGUUGCUCUUUUUAGUAACUGACAAUAAGAAUUUAUUAAAGUGAAAACACAUCAGCAGUAACAAACAUUUUAUGCAUAACUCUGAACUUUAUUUAAAUUUUCUGGUAAUACAGUCAUUGUAAAUAAGGGAUUAAAAUUUAUAACAAACCACUGUGCAUAGUGCGGAAGAGGAACAGG